AUGACAACGAAUCUAAUCAAUCAAAUAUUACUGAAAGAUUUAUUAGAACACGCAAAACGAGUGGAAUCCGCUACAACACUCACUCAACUAAGAGUUGCAAUAAUGACGGACACAACGGAAGAAAACACCACAGCUGCUCUUCAAAAUUUUCGUCCAGAUGGUUAUUAUAAUCGAAAUAGACCCCGUUAUGAUCGCAGAUGGCCACAACAACAAAAUUCUGUUAGUUAUCCGCAGCCUCUAGUUCAACGACAACCAGGCACUUCAUCCAGUCAUAAUUGUCAUGGUGAUGGACAUUAUUCAAUGGACAAUAUAUCAAUGUCCAGGUCAUUUAAACGAGUAAUGGUGUCGCAUGAUGGUAGCGCUACCACACAACGACAACAGCCAUCAAAACUAUUGUAUAUACAUAUAUUCGUCAACAAUGCAAAAACACGUACAUUGCUAUCGGAUCGACAAUUUCGACUAUUAACACAUCGUAUUGGCACAGAAUUAAAGGCAGCCAACAUAUUCAUUCAAUCCCGACAACUUGUCGAAUGGCCAACAAUAUUCAAUUACACAUAUCCGAUAUGA